AAGCAAUCCACACACAACCAAGUGGGAAGUAAAAACUUCCCCAGUCUACUUGUAGAUUGAUCCUUUCACAAACCAGUGACCCCUCAGACUACAGCUCUACUAGAUGUUAGUAGCUCUCUUUUAGCUUGGUACUCUUUCCCAAAUCAGAAACAAUUUGUAUGCUGCUGGCAUGCAGUUAAAUUCACCUUUAUCAGUGUUUAUAGAAUCUUGCUCUGUUGAUACUUGUUUUCUUUAAGAAUGUGUACAUAUACUUCUACUGGCCUGCACCAGGAAAGAUAACCCUGAGCACAUCUGAUGGCUUGGAUGCUUUGUCCAUAAACCAGAAACACUUUGAAAAUUUAGUUCAUCACUGUGCCUUACAGUACAACCAUAUCUGUGCAAGUUUCCGCAUAUUAGCUGUGUUUCAGUUUCUAUGUGGCAUUUUUUUUUUUCUUUUUUCUGUCCAGUGCAAUGGGGAACAAGUGAUUCUUUGAUAGGGUGUGGAGAGGCCUGAAAGGACCCUGGAAGUCAGGAAACUGCAUUAUUAGACAGGAAUGGGAAGGGGAAAAGAAUGUCUGAAAAUGAAUGAGAGUAGGAAUGGAAUUUCCCCAGGGAUCUGCCCCAUGUGACAGACGAGCAAAACAACCUUAAACAGAUGCUCAGGGAAGUGACAAUAAAGAAAAAUCUCUUCCUGUACCACCAAACUGGGGUCAUUACUUCAGUUCCUGCUGGUAAGGGGGAGAGUUGUUGGGCUCAGCUGGUGUUUCCAAUGUAGUUAGUACCUGCCCAGUUACUUUCUGCUCUACCAGUUUUCCAUCUCACUGUGUUAUCCAGGCAGCCUUGUGUGACCAAAGAAGCCCUGUAAAAGAACCUCAGCUGGAUAGCAGGCAAAAAAAUGUCGACACAUACCUGGCAAGUGUGGGCCAUGUACGUGGUCUUGGCUGUCAGUCUCUCUGAGGAACAAGCCCUGAAGCAGGUCUGUCCUUCAUGCGAUGCCACUCAGUCUUGCAACUGCUCUUCCAUGGGCUUGGACUUCAUUCCCUCGGGGCUCACGGACAAAAUCACGCUGUUAGACUUGGCCCGCAACAGGAUAAAGCACAUCCGAGCGCAUGAUCUGCAGCAGGCUGUGAACCUGAGGACCCUGCUGCUGCAGUCCAACAAAAUCAGCUCCAUAGACGAGGACUCGUUUGUCUCCCUGGGGAAGCUGGAGCUCUUGGACUUGUCAAAUAACCGCCUGGCUCACUUGUCCCCAAGGUGGUUUGAUCACCUUGUUUCGCUCCAGCACCUCCACAUUCACGGCAAUUGCUAUAGCGACCUGGGGGAAAGUUCUCCCUUUUCUAGCCUGAGAAACUUGAGCUCUCUCCACCUGGGCAACCCGCGGUUCUCCACAAUAAGGCAAGGAAACUUUGAGGGCAUUACGCUUCUCGACCAGUUGUGGAUCGAGGGCAGCAAUCUCAGUGUAUAUGAGCCUGGAAGUCUGAAGUCAAUUAAGAAGAUAAAUCACAUGAUCAUAAGCAUAAGAAGGGUAGAUCUGUUCUCAGCAAUUGUUCGUGAUCUUCUGCACUCUGCCAUUUGGUUAGAAAUUAGAGAAAUAGCAUUCAAUAUAGCUGAAGAAAUGCAACUUUUGAGCGUUUUAUCUUUGUCUUUUGCAAAGAAAAUUUCUUUUAAACAGGUCUUACUCACAGAUGCUACUGUGCCUGGGAUUGUCACUAUUUUAGAAAAGGUGCCAAGAUUAGUUGAGGUGGAGAUGAAAGACUGUAGACUCUUGGGCACUGGACGAUGGGAUUUAGAAAUUCAAGCAAACCAAUCACAGUCUCUGAGAGUUCUGACAAUUGAGAAAUUAUCUAUAGAGGAAUUUUAUUUGUUUACGGAUCUUCAGGCUGUACUAGAUCUAGUAUCUCUCUUUACCAAAAUCACAGUUGAAAAUACCAAGGUCUUUUUGGUACCAUGCAGGCUUUCAAAACAACUUCUGUCAUUAGAAUAUCUUGACCUUAGUGCAAAUUUGCUUGGAGAUCAGAGUUUGGAACAUUCAGCCUGUCCGGGUGGUUGGCCUUUACUAAAAACUUUAAAUUUAAGUCAGAAUUCACUGAGUGACUUUAAAAUGACAGCUAAAAGCUUGUCUCAUCUAAGAAACUUAAUUCUUUUAGACAUUAGCCAAAACAAUUUUGGUGAGAUUCCAGAUGUGUGUGAGUGGCCAGCAAAUUUGAAAUAUUUGAAUCUCUCUAGGACUCAAAUUCCCAAAUUAACGGCUUGCAUUCCCUCAACUCUCGAAGUGUUGGACAUCAGUGCAAACAACCUGAAGGAGUUUAAUCUGCAUCUGCCGUUUCUCAAAGAGCUGUACCUUGCAAAAAACCAGCUGAAGGCCUUGCCUGAUGCGGCAAGCAUUCCUAACUUGGUGGCCCUGUCAAUCAGAGGAAACAAGCUCAACAGCUUCUCCAAGGAAGAGUUGGAGUCCUUCAAGAAAAUGGAGCUGCUGGAUGCCAGUGCCAAUAACUUUAUCUGUUCCUGUGAAUUCCUCUCCUUCAUUCAGCACCAGGCAGGGAUAGGCCAGAUGCUCGUGGGGUGGCCAGAAGGCUACAUCUGCGACUCUCCCCUGGCAGUGAGAGGGGCACAGGUUGGAGCCGUUCAUCUCUCACUGAUGGAGUGUCACCAGUCCCUGGUGGUGUCCUUGAUCUGCGCUGUGUUUUUCGUAGUCAUCCUCGUCCUGGUGGCCAUCGGGUACAAGUACCACGCAGUCUGGUACAUGAGAAUGACGUGGGCAUGGCUUCGAGCCAAGCGGAAGCCCAAGCGAGCCCCCCCCAAGGACAUCUGCUACGAUGCUUUUGUCUCCUACAGUGAGAACGACUCCAACUGGGUGGAAAACGUCAUGGUGCAGGAGCUGGAGCAGGCGUGUCCCCCCUUUCGGCUGUGCCUCCAUAAGCGGGACUUUGUGCCCGGGAAGUGGAUUGUGGAUAACAUCAUCGACUCCAUUGAGAAGAGCCACAAAACGCUCUUCGUGCUGUCGGAGCACUUUGUGCAGAGCGAGUGGUGCAAGUACGAGCUGGACUUCUCGCACUUCCGCCUAUUUGACGAGAACAACGAUGCGGCCAUUCUCAUCCUCCUGGAGCCCAUCCAGAGCCAAGCUAUUCCCAAGAGGUUCUGCAAACUGCGGAAGAUAAUGAACACAAAGACCUACCUGGAGUGGCCUCGUGAGGAAGAGCAGCAGGAGAUGUUUUGGGAAAACUUGAAAGUAGCUCUAAAAUCCUAGUCAGAGACAUGUAAGGCUGAGUAUGUAGCAAAUAUCUGCUGGAUUCAUUUCCCUUGCCUCUUUGUCCAUCAUCUACCCGUGUCUGUAUAACAAAGUUUUGAGCUACUGGAAUUUCUUUUACUUGCUGUGAAAUUGUUUUAUUUUUGUCAUUGUAGUCAUGAUUUUUCUACGUGUUUUAACCAGCAUUAUUAAAAAAAGCAGUUUCAUUUAAAUAUUUAAUGAUGAAAAGUUAUUUAGAUACAUGGCUAUGUAGUUUAUAUACUUUAAUCUUUGAAUAGCUGUAUGAAAGAGCCUGCCUAGACAAGGGUGUUUCCGUAUUUUUUUGUAUAAACUACUUCCAAUCAAGUGCAAUAAAGGUUCGUUUAUGGAGUAGUUUAUUACUG